GCCCGGAGACUCGGUCUAGGGGUACCAUUUGCUUUUUCUCAUCCCACACAGUUUCUUUCGUAUGGGAAAAUCACCGGCUUACUAGCCUGCGCUUGUUGAUCCGUGAUUCGAUCUUGAUAGCGCCCCCAUCUAUACCAAUCAUCCCGCAGUCGUACUGCAUCCGCUUAUACCUGGUCGAACAGCCUCCCAACCAGCCAUCGGCUAAGCAACAGCCAUGAAGCCGGACGACCUGGAAGUCCAACGGUUGCACGAGAAGUUCGAUACCUCGUCGACCUCCGAGGAAUUCAAGACCGUCUUCCCCGUCACAGAUCUCUCGCAAGGGCUGGUGGGUUGGGAUGGACAGGAUGAUCCCGCCAACCCCCAGAACUUCCCUGCCUCCAAGAAGUGGACCCUGUUGGCGCUCAUCAGUUCCAUCACCUUUAUCUCUCCACUGGCGUCCAGCAUGUUCUCCCCAGCGAUCCAGUUCGUGGCCGAGGAAUUCAUGAUCACCAAUGAGACAUUGCUUUCCUUCAGCGUGACCAUCUAUCUCUUGGGCUUCGUGUUCGGCCCUCUACUUCUUGCCCCCCUUAGUGAAAUAUACGGCCGUCGGGUCGUCCUCAGCGGCGCGAAUUGGUUUUUCGUCGUCUGGCAGAUCGGCUGUGCUAGGGCACCCAAUAUGACCACGCUCAUCGUGUCGCGCUUUUUCACCGGUAUCGGCGGCUCGGGCUGCGUCACCCUGGGCGCCGGAGUCAUCGCGGAUUUAUUCCCGACAGAGCUGCGCGGUCGCGCCACCGCUAUCUGGGCCAUGGGCCCUCUCAUCGGGCCCGUCAUCGGCCCUAUUUGUGGUGGGUUCAUGGGGGAAACCAUCGGCUGGCGCUGGAUUUUUUACCUCUUGAUUAUCAGCGGUGCGGUCAUCUCGGCCGGGAUCGAGCUCCUGAACCAGGAGACGUACGCACCGCUGUUGAUCAGGUGGAAGACAGCACGCCUGGCCCAGGAGCUGGAUCGCGUCGACCUGCGCAGCGCCUACGACGUCACAGGCAACAUGCACCAAACCACCCCCUCUGCCCGUCAGGUCCUCACGCAGGGACUCAAGCGGCCUGUGGUGCUGUUGUUCAAGUCGCCCAUCGUGCUCCUCCUGUCGGUGUACAUCGCUUUUGUGUACAGUCUGUUGUACCUAUUCUUCACCACCGUGACCACCGUCUUUGAGGAGCGGUACGGCUUCUCGACCGGCCUCGCGGGCCUCGCGUACAUCGGCAUCGGCAUUGGGUUUUUCGUCGGCCUAUUGACAGUCUCGCUGACCAAUGACCGCAUGGUCAUCAAGCUGACCGCUCAGAACGGCGGGAAGUUCGAACCCGAGAUGCGACUGCCACUGAUGUUCAUCUUCAGCUGCAUCAUCCCCAUCACCUUCUUCUGGUAUGGCUGGUCGGCGGAAAAUGCGCAGAAGGUCCACUGGAUCGUCCCGAUCAUCGGGAUGAUUCCCUUCGGUGUGGGCAUGCUCGGCAUCUGGAUGCCCAUCCAGACCUAUGUCAUUGACGCGUAUCCGGCCUAUGCGGCCUCCGCCAACGCCACCAUGACUGCCUCGAGAUCCCUGAUGGGCGCCUUACUGCCUUUGGCGGGGCCCACCAUGUUCCGCAACAUGGGCAUCGGAUGGGGCAACUCGCUGCUGGGGUUCCUGGCGCUGGCCUUUGUGCCGGUUCCGUUGUUGUUCAAUCGAUACGGCAAGAUCAUUCGGGAACGCUUCCCGGUCGACCUGGAUUGAUGAACGUGACCGAAAGACGACAAUAAUGACCCAAUGGCAUGUUUUGAUAGAUUUUCAAU